AUGAACCCUGAAUACGACUACCUCUUUAAACUUCUCCUUAUUGGAGAUUCCGGUGUUGGAAAGUCCUGUUUGCUCCUUCGGUUCGCGGACGACACCUACACGGAAAGCUACAUUUCCACCAUCGGCGUGGAUUUUAAAAUCCGCACCAUCGAACUUGAUGGCAAGACGGUGAAGCUUCAGAUUUGGGAUACCGCAGGUCAAGAGCGCUUCCGUACCAUCACAUCGUCUUAUUACCGCGGUGCCCAUGGCAUCUGUGUUGUAUACGAUGUUACGGACAUGGAUUCCUUCAACAACGUGAAGCAGUGGCUCCAAGAAAUCGAUCGUUAUGCGACUGAGGGCGUCAACAAGUUGCUCGUGGGUAACAAGAGCGAUAUGGAAGACAAGAAGGUCGUGGAAUACACCGUUGCAAAGGAAUUCGCCGAUAGCCUUGGAAUCCCGUUCUUGGAAACCUCUGCCAAGAACGCUUCCAACGUCGAGCAGGCUUUCUUGACAAUGGCCAGACAGAUCAAGGAGCGCAUGGGCACCGCGACCGUAAACAACAAGCCAACUGUGCAAGUCGGCCAAGGCCAGGGUGUCCAGUCUGGAUCUGCUGGCGGCUGCUGUUAG